CAUGGAAACCAGUACACAAACAAUUUCUUUUUCUGGCGACAGGACAUUUAAGACUGCUUGUGGAUACUUUUUGAAAUAUUUCAUAAAAACAUACUUUAUAUACAAACAUUUUGAAGAUGCAGGACACCAACACAAACAAAACAAAGAGAGCUGCAUCAGACAUGCCACCACCCAGUGCUGCUAAAAAGCCUCGACUUGAUGCUGAACACACAAAACAAUCCCUCAUCAGUAGUGCAUUAAAAACACUGCAGGAUUCCUGUGAUGAUCUUUUAGCUCCAAACUGGAUUGAUGCACUACUUAAGGGGAAAUGUGAACUUCCUUCACUGACAGAUGAAGAAAAAUCUGUCAUUUCCAAGUUUUGUGUGAACGAGUCGUUGGCAGAGACGUUUCUGAAAGCGGUUUUGGAGAAGAUCAAGGCGGAGAAAGAGUCUAUGGGACAUGAACUCCUGCAGUCUCUCUGUAGGGUUUAUGUGGGUUUGUGUCAAAGAGAGGAGACUCUCAUAAAGCACAUGCCCUCGCCUACAGAUUUCUCAAAGAAGACUUUUCUCAAGCCCCAAAACUGA